AUGGAAGAGAGGUUACAAACCCGUCCAGCCUUUGACCUGGAGGUCCAGCCAGGAUCAACUUUGUUUUCCCUCUCCCUCCACCAUCCCCACAGCCGCCCCGCCGCGCACCCACCUGCGCACCCGCCGCCCUCCGCUGCCGCCCCGGCCGCAGCCCCGUCCGGCCAGCCUGGCCUCAUGGCGCAGAUGGCGUCCACGGCGGCGGGGGUCGCCGUGGGCUCCGCUGUGGGGCACGUGGUGGGCAGUGCGCUGACCGGAGCCUUCAGCGGGGGAAGCUCGGAGCCGGCCCAACCUGUCGUCCAGCAGACCCCGGCCCGCGCUGCUCCGCAGCCCCUGCAGAUGGGGCCCUGCUCCUAUGAGAUCAAGCAGUUUCUGGAUUGUUCCACCACUCAGAGUGACCUGUCCUUGUGCGAGGGCUUCAGCGAGGCCCUGAAGCAGUGCAAGUAUAACCAUGGUCUGAGCUCCCUGCCAUGAAGAGGCAGACCCUAGGCCAGCUCUGAGAUGGCUCCUGGGCCACAGCCCUGGAUCCCCAACCACCUCACCGACAGCUGGACCACGAUGCCAGAUUGUACCCACCAUGUCCCUGGGAUGGGCACUGAAGGAGGGGUUUCUUUUACCUAUGAUAGCCCGAGACAUGAAUGUGCAAUGAAAAGAGUUUAUUUUAGACCGUA